GGGACGUGUGUGUCUGUGUCUCUAGUGCAAUUUCCCCUUUCGCUCCGCAGUCUCAGCGUAGGUCUCCGCUGCCCUGCGCCCCCUCCCCGGGCGCCCGGCGGUCACUUCCCUGGGCCCGGCGUCCACCCUGCACCCCGAGGAUUCCCCACUCCGCCUCCUCCCCACCUCCCACCACCACCCCUAAUCCUGGGAUCAUUUUUAUCAGGGGCGCCACCGCCUCACCCAGUAUUUGCAUCUCGCCCUCCAACUUGCCAUUGGCGGCGCGACGUGUGGGAGAGCCCUGCGCCUUGCCCGCUCGGACCAGCCUGCCCCGGCGCCGAGAGGGGAGCAGGCAGGCUGGCGGGGCUGGGGACCCCGCGGGGGGAUCCCUGGAGCGGAAAGGGGACCACGGCGGCCCACGAAGCCAACUCGGCCUCAGGUCGCUCCUGCACUUGGCUCAGCUCAGCAUGCAUCCUUGAACCCGGCUUAGGCCCCUACAAGCUGCAGCUGUCUCCACUUCCGAUCUUACUGGCUCAGCGCAGGUUCAAGGCUCCGAGGCACGGCAACGCUGCAUCCAGAAGCCCCCCAAGCCUCUCUCCCCCUGGGCCCUCCUGCGGGACCCUGCUACUAGCUGUGUGACCUAACAGCAUGGCUGUCACCCUGCAGCCUAGUGACCUGGUCUUCGAAUUUGCAAGCAACGGCAUGGAUGACAUCCACCAGCUGGAAGAUCCCUCCGUGUUCCCGGCUGUGAUCGUGGAGCAGGUACCCUACCCAGAACUGCUGCAUCUCUACUCGGGCCUGGAGCUGGAUGACGUUCACAAUGGUGUCAUCACUGACGGGACCCUGUGCAUGGCGCAAGACCAGGUCCUCGAGGGCAGUUUUCUGCUGGCAGAUGACAAUGAAGCCACCUCACACACCAUGUCCACCACUGAAGUCUUGCUUAAUGUGGAAUCUCCCAGUAACACCCUGGACGAGAAACAGAUCUUCAGUCCCUCCGAAAUGCUCCCAGAAGCCGAGCCUGUGCAAUCUACUCUGUCCAGCUGUGUGCAGACCACCUUGGAGCCCUCCGGCCUCCACAGUGUGAGUGGAAGUGACAACCAGCAGCUCAACCUGGAGAUCUCCGAGGAGGACCAUGCCAAGAAAACCGGCAAAUCCAAAAAGAGAAUACGGAAGACAAAGAACAACCGCAGUACAUCGCCUGUUACUGAUCCCAGCGUCCCCAUCCGCAAGAAAUCUAAGGACGGCAAAGGCAGCAGUGUGUACCUAUGGGAGUUCCUUCUGGCGCUCCUGCAAGACCGCAACACCUGCCCCAAGUACAUCAAGUGGACCCAACGAGAGAAAGGCAUCUUUAAGCUGGUGGACUCCAAAGCCGUGUCCAAGCUGUGGGGGAAGCAGAAAAACAAGCCGGACAUGAACUACGAGACCAUGGGACGGGCGUUGAGGUAUUACUAUCAGAGGGGCAUCCUGGCCAAGGUGGAAGGACAGCGGCUGGUGUACCAGUUUAAGGAGAUGCCCAAGGAUCUGGUGGUGAUUGAAGAUGAGGACGAGAAAAAGGAGGGCCCAGGAGGGCCCUCACAGGCCAUUGCAUCCUCCUCUGGUGCCGGUGGCAGUGGCGGUGCCGGCGGCAGUGACGGUGCUGGCGGCAGUGGCGGUGCUGGUGAUGGUGCUGGUGGCAGCAGCGGCAGCAAUGGUAGCCGUCGCGUCAGCUCCAGGAUGUCGGCCCGAGCGGCCCCCCAGGGCAAGGCCAGUUCUUCUUGGGAGAAGCCGAAGCUGCAGCAUGUGGGCCUGCAGCCGUCUGCAAGCCUGGAACAGGGUCUGCCUGCAAACUCAGAGACCCCUACUACCUCUGCCAUCUUGGUCUCUGUCCCAGACACCCAGGCCAAACUCACCAUAGCCGGGAGUGCGGCGGCGGCGGCGGCGGCUGUGCCCACCAACAUCCAACUGGGAGUGGCACCGGUGGCAUCAGGCUCAGCCUUGACCCUGCAGACCAUCCCGCUGACCACAGUGCUGACCAAUGGGCCUCCUGCCAGUACUACUACUUCCACUCAGCUUGUGCUGCAGAGUGUGCCUCCUGCCUCAAGCACGUUCAAGGACACCUUCACCUUGCAGGCCUCCUUCCCUCUGAAUGCCACUUUCCAAGAGAGCCAGGUUACAGCUACAGGGACCCCGCUGAUUCUCAGUGGGCUCCCGCAGCUCCUGACAGGGGCCAACCAGCCCACCAACCACCUUGUAGCCACCUCAGUCUCGGGCGCCUCUUCAGCAGGGUCUAGCUCCCAGCCCCCUGGGACUGUCAUUGCUGCCUUCAUCAGGACUUCCGGUGCAGUCCCAGGGGUCAAGGAGGGCCCCCUGCAGUCCUCCUCCUAUGUGCAGGGCACUGUGACCGGGGCCCCUAUGGAGGGCCUGCUGGUGCCCGAAGAGACCCUGAGGGAGCUCCUGAGGGAUCAGGCUCAUGUUCAGCCACUCCCAGCCCAGGUCAUUUCCAGGGCUCCCCAGAAUGCAAGCCUUACGGGGAGCCAGACUUUUUCUCCGCCCAGACGCCCCUCUGUUGGGCUGACCCCAGUGGCUGAACUUGAGCUUGCCUCAGGCUCAGGGUCCUUCCCAAUGGCUGAACCUAGCAUGAGCACAGCUGGAAGCCUGCCCACCACAUCACCCACCCCAGCCCCCUUCUCUCCCUUUAACCCCACUUCACUCAUUAAGAUGGAGUCCCGUGACAUGUAAAUGAGCAGGUGGUGAGAAGUGUGAGCUCGCCAGCACAGCAGAGCAGCAUUGUGGGAUGGGCUGACUUAUGUAGCAUGGCCACCCUUUACAUUUCAGUAGGAUUCAGUACUUUCACCCACCCCCCACCCCUCCAGCCCCAGGCCCCCAGGCCCCCAGCCCUGCUCGGUCUCACCAUGCCCAGGUGGAGGGUUCCUGACAUCUGACCAUGGCACUCCAGAGCCCUAAGGGGAUAUUCUCUUGGCAGGCAAAUGGGCUCCUUGGUAAUGGCAGGUAUAGCCUUUGAAGCUGCGAACCUGCGAGCUUGCCGGCAGGGCUACUCCCAGGCUUCUGAGUCCUUGUGCCUGGCUGGCUUUCCCUGUCCCUGUUCCCUACAUGGGGUGAUGGCCCCAUAUGUGAAUCUCUCUGGGUGGUUUUUUUUUUUGGUGUGUAUGCAUGUGUGUGUAUACUUGUGGCUUGUGGGUCUAUCUUGUAGCUUCUUUGGAGAGAACAAGGGCAUGGUCGUGAACUCUAGUUUUGGAGGGGGUGUGUGCCUUUCUGUCUGUCCCUCCAGGGUUCAACCACAGAGGUGGGGAUUUGUUAAGGGAAAGCAUCCUUGAAUUUGCUUUAUAGAAACCUAGAUUGAGUUUUUGACACUCUGGACUGCACAGGACUGAUGGCGCAUAAUGGCAUCAGGACAAGGGAUGCUGUGGCUGGAGGAGACCAUGGCACUCAGCAAGGGAGAGAAGCAAGCCUUAGGAACCCAGGGCACAGGCUGGUUGCAGACUCUGUGUGUGUUUGCCUCGUUGCCUACCACAGUCAUCAUGGUGGCAGGUGCUCUGAGAAACACCAAGUGCCCCUCCAGAAGCAGCCAGUCCCAGCCAAGAUCCAAGCUGAUCCUUCCCACUUGCCAUGUGCCAC